AUAAAUUUAGUUUAAAUGAGGAUGAGGAGGAAGAGGUGGGGAAGUUGGUGAGGAAGGGGGGAUUUACUGAACAUCAUGGACCUCACCAGCGCAGAAUGCAUAGAAGCUGCUAAGCUCUAUAGGCCAAGUGCUUUAAGUGAAGCUGAAAUGAACAAAUUUUUGGGCGCUGCAGGAGGAACGGCCAUCCCCAAGAAGCCAAGGAAGAAGUCAAGGACUUUAACCAAACAAGUGGAUGAGGGAGGAGUUGGAAAGGAGGUAGUGCUCGUGGAGGAGGAGGAGUCACGGUUGGAGUUAAAGAGGAAAAGUAGGGAGGAAAGAGGGGCACUUCAAAAGAAGAAGAAGGUGGUGGAGGAGGAGGAGAGGGGGAUCGAGGUUCCCCAGUUCAUACCUAGGCCUCCUCCUAUUGAACUCGACCCUGAGCUUAGGGAAUCUGAGGAGGGGGCUGAGGUACGAGCUCCUGGCAAGGGAAAGGGCCUUGUUCCCCCGUUGUCAUUUCAGAGCAGCUUGUUCGAGGUGAAGAACAUGAUGGGGGCUAGGAGGUUUAUCAACUCCACCUUCCCCGAAGUGGACAAGCGUCACGCACGGGACAAGGCUCUGAGGUACUGUGCGGCUUCGGUGGUGAAGCACGUUUUAGAGGAGUUCAUGGAUAGUGUGAAGGAGCACUCCCUCUUGCAAAGGCAGUGUGACCAACUGCAGAAAGAGAAUGAGGAGCUGGAGAAGAAGAAUAAGGAACUGCAAGAGGCGCUGGACGAGGCGAAGGAAAUAACAUUGAUGAAUGAUGCUUUCAUGGAGCUGAAGGAGAAUGUGCAGAUGUUGGUGCACAAUGGGAUGAAAGAGCACAUCAACAACUUCAUCAGCUCCAACUCGUUUGACAACAUCAUCACCUUCGGCGAGCAAGAAGAAAGAGUGGAGGAGAAUGGUGAGAGCAUGUUAGCAGACUUCCGUCCUCAGAUCAAACUGAGGUGGGAUCAUGAUGUAGACGGACGCACUGUUUUCCCUCCAAAGUUCGACUUCAAGUUCCUUGCAGUGGAGGAAGAAGGGGCAGAGGUAGAGGAAGACGAAGUGGAGGCAAGAGUGGAAGGAGCUGAACAGCCAACACAGCCACCUCUUCCAGCUGAGUAUGAGCCAGUUGAGCCACCUCCUCCAACAGAGAAAUAAUUUUUGUUUGUUAUUUUUUCUUUAAUGUUUUUAUUGUAACAACAGUAAAACAAUCUGUUGUAAAAGUUUUUACUUUGAAUGAAAAUUCAGUUUUGAAAUCAUAUGUUGUGUUUGCUUUACAUUUUUGUUAUUUUAUAUUGAUAGAAGAACUGAGAUUACUUGAGAUGUGAUUUGAAAGAAAGUUAAUCAUUUCAA